GAGACAAUCAUCUCUGCCCACAGAUGGCACAAGUGCCAGAGGAAAACAUCUGCCCUCCUGGUGGCAUGACAGGCGACCAGUACAGGACCAGAGCCAAGCAGCUUGUGGACUACAUCAGCGAAUAUCUCCAAACGAUCCGGCAGCGUCGUGUUUUCCCGGACGUCAAGCCGGGCUACAUGCAGCAGCUGGUGCCAGACACAGCUCCCGACUUGCCGGAGAGCUGGGAGGACAUCUUUAAUGACAUAGAACGCGUCAUUAUGCCUGGGAUCACACACUGGCAGAGCCCCUACAUGCACGCCUAUUUCCCCGCCUUGACCUCAUUCCCCUCCCUGCUAGGCGACAUGUUGGCUAAUGCCAUCAGCAGCCUCGGUUUCACUUGGGCGUCAAGUCCCGCCUGUACUGAGCUAGAGACAAUCGUCAUGGACUGGCUGGGGAAGAUGAUUGGACUGCCCGCGUGUUUCCUGCACUCACAUCAGAACCACAAGGGGAUGGGAGGGGGGUGUAUACAGACGACAGCCAGUGACUGCACGUUCGUGACCUUGCUGGCCGCACGGACCGAGGCCAUCAGACGCUACAAGGACGUGGAGCCAGACCUGGACGACGCUGAGAUCAAUGGACGUCUCAUCGGCUACUGCUCUGAUCAGGCUCACUCCUCAGUUGAGAAGGCUGGACUUAUCGGGCUGGUCAAGAUGAGGUUCCUCCACUCUGACGACCAUCUCAGCCUCAGGGGAGACACCCUCAUGGAGGCCAUCAGGGCGGAUAGGGAGAAGGGCUUGAUACCUUUUUACGUGUGUGCUACAUUGGGCACAACUGGGGCAUGUGCUUUCGAUAACUUGAAGGAAAUUGGACCAGUGUGUGAAGCAGAACGGGUCUGGCUUCACAUUGACGCGGCCUACGCUGGGUCAGCAUUCAUUUGCCCGGAGUACAGAGAGUAUAUGUCAGGUAUCGAGCUGGUCGACUCGUUCGCCUUUAACCCCAGCAAGUGGCUGAUGGUCCACUUUGACUGUAGCGCCAUGUGGGUCAAGGACGCCAGAGCUCUGCACAGGACCUUCAACGUGGAGCCUCUGUACCUGCAGCACGAGAACUCAGGUGCUGCCAUUGACUAUAUGCACUGGCAGAUCGCAUUAAGUCGUAGGUUCAGGUCCCUCAAGCUCUGGUUCGUCCUGAGAAGUUUUGGUGUGAAGGGUCUUCAGCAGCAUAUCCGCAGGGGCAUUGACCUGGCCAAAAAAUUUGAGCAGCUUGUAGCAGAAGACCCGAGGUUUGAGGUAGCCGCGAGGAGAAUUCUGGGAAUGGUGGUCUUUAGAAUCGCAGGCGCCAACGAGUUGACGGAAGAUCUCCUCAAGCGCCUUAACAAGCAGGGUAAGGUUCACAUGGUGCCGGCAUCCUUGAAGGGAAAAUACGUCAUACGAUUCACUGUGACGUCACAGUUCACAACGGAAGCAGACAUCGAGAGGGACUGGAGGAUCAUAACGUCGAUGGCGGGGGUCGUCCUUGACGAGUCCUUGGCUGCUGAGGAUGAGGGGAUAGAAGAAAACGAUGAAGAUGAAGAGGACGAGGAAGAGAUGAGGUUAAAGGUUAAAUCCGGCGCACGGGAGGUGAAGGUCAUCAGGGAUGAGAGCAGUGUCAAGAAACAUACCGCCGUGCAUAUAUCGAUAGGGCCAAAGGUCACGGGCCCGAGGCGUCGAGAUUUCGGCAUCAGCCUGUUGCUUAGCAACGUUCCAAUGAGCCCCAAGGUCGUGAACGGCAGCUUCGCGGCUCUGUUCGACAGCAGCAACCUGGGACUGGAGCAGCUUGCCAGACAGCUCAUCGUGGGAGGGGAAUUUAUCCGAUUAUCUCCCCGCAGGAGGGGCCGCUUGGGUGACCAUGAGAAACAAAUGAGCCUAGACUACAGCGUCCUUAGCAACAGGAAGGACAACCCUUUCAGGAUGCGAAUGAUGGGAAGCCUCGACUCUAAAAUUGACGACAUCCUUGAGUUCGGUUCAAAGUCCACCCAGACAGACGAGAGGAAAAAUACCUUUAGAGUGACGUCACUGAAGGAAACAAGUCACGAGGAUGAGGGUAACAUCGAUGACGUCAGGAAUGACGUCAAGACUAACAGCCAGAGAGAGAACCGGAUACAGGCACAGGAGCAUUGGGACACAGGUCAUGGUCAGCCUGACCUUGCAGUCACCAAAGGUCAGUCUGACCUGCCAGUCACCAACGGUCAGCCUGACCUGCCAGUCACCAACGGUCAGUCUGACCUGCCAGUCACCAACGGUCAGCCUGACCUGCCAGUCACCAACGGUCAGUCUGACCUGCCAGUCAUCAAAGGUGACCUGCCAGUCACCAAAGGUCAGCCUGACCUGCCAGUCACCAAACCUGCUACAGCAGAUGCCCAGGUUGACCGAGCCUCCACAGAGAGCAAGAAAACUUCUAAGGGCGGGGGGCUGCUACAGAUGAGCAAGGCUGUUUGCUCAAAGGUCAAGGGCGUGUUUCUUACCUUUCCUGUAGGUCAAACUCCCACCCCUCCUACACCCCCCAGCUCGCUGGACUAUGCAAUCAAUGGCCAUUGUAAAUACUGCGGUCAUCUUCUGAGCUGUGAUCUGAUUGGUCGAGACAACAGCCAGACUUAAAGAAGGUCUGGGCAGGUAGCGACAGGUUGGGCUGGUAGCGACAGGUUGGGCUGGUAGCGACA